AUGGCAUCUCCGCAUGAGCUCUCAGACAUCCGUAGGUACUCGUCCUAUGAAUCAGCGGCCGUGCCAUAUGAAAGCAUCUGUAGUGCGGCCACGCACUUUCUGGCAACCAGAGAAGCCAAUCGCAAAGCGUUGUUUGAAUAUGCCCACCAUUUGAAGAAUUUGGGUAACACUUUGUUCAAGCUACUCUCGGAAGCUCUUGGGCUCAAACCGAGCCAUCGGGCAGAUAUAGAGUGCAACCAAGGGCAAGUCUUACUAUGCCACUAUUACCCUCCUUACUCCCAGUCUGAACUCGCCAUCGGGACAUGCCGACAUUCAGAUGGUGGUUUCCUGACCAUACUCCUCCAAGGUGAAAAUGGCGGCCUCCAGAUCUUCAAUGAGGAUCAGUGGGUAGACGUCACGCCAAUGCCCCGCGCAUUCAUUGUGAAUAUCAGUGAUCUCUUACAGUUGAUCUCCAAUGAUGGGUCUAGGAGCGUUGAACAUAGGAUUUUGGUGAAGAACAUUGCUCCAUGGGUCUCAAUCGCGUACUCCUUUGGAACACACAUCGAUCCAACCUCGACAAGGAUUUACAGUCCAAUUAAGGAGUUGUUGUUUGAUGAGAACCAACUGUUAUAUAGGGAAACUCUCGCUAGUGAUGACAUCAAACAUUACUACUCCAUUGGGUUAGAUGCGAAAACUGCUAUUUCUCAUUACCAGUUAUGA